GUGUCAGAAUUUUUCAUCAAGGUAUUCGGACUUCAGAAGCUGAUGUUGAAAGAUUAAUCGUGGGCCACAUGAAUUCAUUAGACAGGCCGGAUCCAGCCUGCGGGCCGUAUGUUGGCCAUGCCUGAGUUAGGGUCUUGUUUAGCAUCACUGUUAAAUAGACUUGUUUCUAUUUAUACUAGCUUUAUAUAUGUUUUCAAGAAUGAAUAAUAAACAUGUAUAAAAAAAUCAGGCAAUAACUUCAACUACCUUAAGAUACAUUAUGUGGAAUCUUCUAAAUUGUGCAGCUCCUGCAUUCAUCUUCAAGCAGAACUAGAGGGACCACCUUGUGCAUGAGGAGUUAGUCUCUCUAGUUAUCCUUAAAUUGUAGUAAUACUUUAGUGUAACAAAUUUAUUCAGUGUAAAUUUAUUAAAAUAUAUUUAUUUUUACAAAAUACUUUUCUGUAUAAAAUUGAUUUUGAAAAAAAGCAGUUGUCCUUCUUGAGUUUUCCUUGUAAGUAUUCAUAUCCCUGAUUAGUAUCUUCAAAAUUACAUUAUAUUUAACAUUAUGAUAAUACCUCUGAUCUCGAGUCCUCUUUUUCUCGAGUUCUUCCUUGCAUUGAAUUGGAUUGUUGAUCCCAGUGAACACCCUAUAUAACAUAUUUUUAUACUCCUUAAGUCAAAUAAAAUUUCAAGCAUCUUGACUUUGUCUCUCUUUAGUUAAAUGCAGCAGGUGCUGACCAGCUUAAGUUUAUUAAGUUGGAUAUGAAUCCUUCUAGUGCAUUGUUUAGUAAGGUAGCUUGAAUAUAGCUGGAUGAGUACGCCAAUGACAUAAAGUUGAUAAUUUAACAGAAAGUGUGUUUCUUGUAUCAUAUCAAGCAGCUUAGAAGUUAUGUUCUUUGCUUGAUUUUUUUGUCACAGUGUGCUAAAGUUUAUUUUAGUGUUUUGUUUUUAAAUUUAUGGUAUUUAUAUACAGUUCUAAUAAUGAUUCAAAUAAAUAUCAUGGACUUAAAUGUAUCACAAAAUUGCAUCCCUUAUUCUACUGUUUUAUGCUUUGUCUGAAUAAAAAUAUUUUUGAUUUUUUUAAUAUAGUUAUUGCCAUAUGUAGGAUUCACCAUAACUCAAACUGGCCAAGUAAAACAUAAAGCCAACAUGUCUUUUGGUGUUAUUUAAUAAUUAAACAUAAAAAUUAAAAAGUAAAUGCAAGCAUUUCUGAGAAAACAACUUUAAAACAAAGCAUUAAAACUAUUCUCUAACAAGAUUGCAUUUACUAGUAUGAUAACAUUAAAGAUAGAUACUGAAGGAUACAAAGAGAUGACAUCCAUCUUUUUUUAGAAGUGGAAAGACAAAGGUGAAAUGUAAGUUCUUAUUGUAUCUGAACCUUGGCAGUAGUAGAGGAAUAACAAGAUAAAAUGAUAUUAUCAAAUUUCCCAUCACAGAAAUUCCCCAAAACCAUGGACAUGAGAUAUAUAAGUGCAUUCAUUAAUGAACAAAACUCAAAGCAGUAAGUAAAAAUGUAGUUCCUGUUAAACUAACCACUUAAAAAUUAAACUGAUUAGCUUGAAAAGGUUUGGAAAAGUUUGAAAAGUUGUCAUUUCCAUUAUUUUCAGCUAAAAGUAUCAGAUCUACAGUAUACAUAUAAAGCUACAAGUUGGCAUUGAAAUGAUUAUAAGGUUCUUGCACCAUUUACAUUUUCUUCAAUAGAUUUGCAAAACAUUGAUUUCUAAAAAGGAACUAGUCAUUGAUUAUGCCUGUCUCAACAUAAUGUUUCAAUUUACAUAGUUUUGUAGGUAGUGUGCUAUUAUUUCACUGCAAAUGUACUGAAUGAAGCAUACUUCAGAGAAUAAUGGCUAGUACUUCCUCUUUACUUUUAUUUGUUUAGCACUUGUAUGAGUACUAAACAGUUCUUCAAUUUCUUUCAAAAUGACCUGUAAAUUACUUAUACUCUUUUCAAACUACCUGAUUCAAUUGUAUAUACGGUAAAGAAAGUAUUUCACUAGAAAUAAACAAAAUAAAGAUGUAGGCCUAUCUUUUAUUAAAAAGAGAGAUUUUAUGAUCAUAACUUCAAAGUUUUUUUUAGCUGCUAAUAUUGAUUCUCUUAUUUUCUAUUAACCUCUUGUUUGAGUGUCAGAAAAGCAAAGAAAGAGCCCUUUCCAGCUUUUCACAGUAAUAAAUUUGAUGAAGUUCAUACUAGACAUUUCCUUUACGUGAAUUUAUUUUAUAAUUACAUUAAAUAAUAAUAAUUAUUAUUUUCAAUUACAGAAUUUCAAAUUCUACCAUGAAGUAGAUGAUGUGGUUCCAAAUUAAAAUUAGAUUAUUUCUAAGAAGAUUUCAUCAAAAAUUUUUAUCCGAUAUAAAGGAUAAACCAAUAGUAAUAUUUUUAAUUGUAUUUAUUAUCAUUUGCAUUCUUCUACCUCUUCGGUCACCUGCAGGAACAGGAUAUAAUUAUUUAACAUUUCCAGAAAUUAGGAAUGAUUUAGUUAAAUGUGUUAAUUUUAGUUCAACUUCUACACAUCUUCAGUGUCCAUCAAUACCAGAUAAUUUAGGUUCUUUUACUAAAGUUCAGAAAGUAGUCAAUGAAACCCUUUUAAGGACUUUAUCAAAAAGAUUAGAAAUAAGACCUGGAGGAUUGUGGCAUCCUCAACAUUGUCAACCUUUGUAUAAAGUAGCUAUUAUUGUACCAUACAGAAACAGAGAACAUCAUUUAAAACUGUUUUUACAACAUAUGCAUUUGUUUCUUCAAGCACAAUUAUUAGAUUAUGGAAUAUUUAUUGUUGAACAGAGUGAAAAACAUGAUUUUAAUAGAGGAAAAUUAUUUAAUAUUGGUUUUAUAGAAGCUCUGAAAUUAUAUGAUUACUGCUGUUUUGUUUUUCAUGAUGUUGAUUUGUUACCUGAAAAUCCUCAGCAUAUUUACAGUUGUUCUAAACAACCUCGUCAUAUGUGUUCUGCAUUAGAUACAUUCAGAUAUGUACUUCCUUACAAAGAUAUAUUUGGAGGUGUUGUUGCAUUCAGUAAAGAACAAUUUAUUAAAAUAAAUGGCUACAGUAAUAAUUUCUUUGGAUGGGGAGGAGAAGAUGAUGAUUUGGCUGAUAGAUUAAAGUCAAAGGAAUUAGAAAUUACUAGAUGGGAACCAAAAAUAUCUCAGUUUACAAUGAUUUUUCAUAAUAAGGCGGUUCCCAAUCCUGAAAGAGUAGCUGGAGUGCAAUCUAUUAAUCUGAAAAAUGUCAAUUUUAAUGUGAAUUAAAUAAACAAUUUAUGGGUUUUGGGAGAAAAAGAAAGCAAUCUUGUGGCUUGUUAAAUUGGACCAUGUGUGGUCCAGUCCAGUCAUAAAAUCAUUUACAAUGGCACGAAAACAACUGUAAUUAAGCAAGUAAACAUGUGGGAGGAGGACCACCUACAUUCAGGUCAGCACAGACAUGAAAGAAAACUUUGUACACAAAUGUCUUUCUGAUUGGUCAGAAGUCGACUCCCAAAAAACAUUUAAAUUAGGGAGAAGAUUGGAGUAAAAGAGGUGGAGAGUAAGGCUCGGAGCUGAUAGCACUUAAAUCUUAAAUACUUGGCAAGUCUGCUGAGGAUAGGGAGAGAAGUUACACUUUUCUGGAAAGAACACUCAGGUAUGGAUGUGAUCUGAGAUUGGACAAAAAGUGCAGACAGAGCCUAUCCAUGGUCCAGAAAUCAUCGAGGAAAUAUCCAAUCCCCAAUUAUUCCAGUCUAGCCUUGAUCAUUUGUGUGUUAAUCUGUAGUGUGGUGCCGGGAUAAAUUGUAUAUUUCUGUAAAUAA